UUGGUGGUGCCCGUACCGAUAGUCUUGCUUGCCGAUGGCGUACUGAUGCGCUGCUGCACCAAUGCCAUCUUAAAUUUACGGAAACUAGUUUUUUUUUUUUCUUCUCAAGUUGUGACUUUGUUGCUGCUGAGUCGCGAGGAUGGCUGAAAUCAUCGAAAUGACCGGCGGCGGCACCAACAUGGCGUACCGGGGCCUCAGCCAGCACGUGAACUUCGACACAGUGCCGGACCCCGAGGACCGUUUUUCCCUCGAGGAGCUCAUCGGCGAGGGUACUUACGGCGAAGUGUACGCAGCGCGCGACAAAGAGUCCAAUGGCCAGGUGGCCAUUAAAAUCCUCGAGAACGUGGCGGACAAUAUCGAGGAGAUCGAGGAGGAGUUUCUCGUGCUGCGCGAUCUGAGUGUACACCCCAAUAUACCGGCCUUCCACGGCAUCUUCCUCAGGAGAGCCAAGCACGGACAGGAGGAAGACCAGCUUUGGUUUGUCAUGGAGCUGUGCACGGGUGGCUCGGUGACGGACCUGGUUCAGGGUCUGAAGAGGCGCGGAAGCCGUUUGACCGACGAUCAGAUAGCCUACAUCUUGAGGGAGACCGUCGAGGCCUUAAUUUACUUGCAUAACAAUCACUGCAUGCACCGCGACGUCAAGGGACACAAUAUCCUAUUGACCGAGGAUGCGAGGGUUAAGCUCGUCGACUUUGGUGUGUCGUCGCAUUUGGCAGCUACACACGUCAGGAGAAACACCUCCGUCGGCACACCGUAUUGGAUGGCUCCUGAAGUGAUCGCCUGCGAGCAACAGCUCGAUUCGUCGUACGACUCACGUUGCGACGUCUGGUCGGUGGGCAUCACAGCGAUCGAACUGACGGAGGGCGACCCACCCUUGUCCGAGCUACACCCAAUGCGGGCUCUCUUCCAAAUUCCCCGCAACCCUCCUCCCUCGCUGAAAAACCCGGACAUACACGCGCCCGAGCUCACCGACUUCAUAACCGAGUGCCUCGUCAAGGAUCUUGAGCACCGGCCCUUCGCUUGCGAGCUCAAAGUGCACCCGCUGCUCGUCAACAUUGAAGGAAGGCUGGACGAAAUCAGGAGCCAACUGCAAGAAGAAAUAAGCAGACAAAGGACUGACGGACGAGUGAAACGACAGCCAGAAGUGACGACCAAGCACGGAAAGUUGAAGACGGAUCGAAAGGCUAGGCCUGAAAAAAUGUACAUGGACGACUUGGCUGCGUUGGACACGUUGUCCGAGGACGCCAUUGUCGAUCAGUUGCAGAAUCGUUACGAAAGAUCUCAAAUUUACACGUACAUCGGAGACAUUCUCGUGGCUGUUAACCCGUUCACGAAUCUUGGCCUUUACACGGGCUUGGAGCAGAGGCGUUACAAAGGCCAAGCCCGCUCCGACAACCCUCCGCACAUCUUUGCAGUUGCGGAUGCCGCCUAUCAGGCACUCCUUCACCAGCGUCAGAAUCAGUCGAUCGUCAUAAGUGGCGAGUCGGGUGCCGGCAAGACUGAAUCUGCUAAUCUUUUGCUCAAACAGUUGGUCUACCUGAGCAAAGCACCGAAUCGCAAUCUCGAAGAACGUAUCUUGCAGAUCAACCCCAUUAUGGAGGCUUUUGGUAAUGCAGCGACUGGAAUAAACGCCAAUUCCUCGAGAUUCGACAAGUAUUUGGAUCUGACGAUGACCUUGGGUGGUAAGGUCACCGGAGCCAGAGUUGCUGUUUACCUGUUGGAGCAAUCACGUGUCGUUGCUCAGGCUGAAGAGGAAAAGAAUUUCCACAUAUUCUACUACUUGUACGAUGGCUUGGAAGCCGAUGGACGCUUGGAUGAGUUCUUUUUGAGCUCAGAAUUGCGCAAGAAACACCGCUAUCUCACAUAUGAUACUGAUCCAUCGCAAACUAACAUAGAUAAGUUCCAGCAAUUAAAGGCAGCCUUCAAAGUACUUGGCUUCCACGAUGCUGAGGUCGAUACAGUUUACAGUAUUAUAGCUGCCAUACUACAUCUUGGAGAUAUCGAAUUCGAAGAGAUUCUUUCUGAGGAUAACACUGACAACAAGAGUGCCGUAGUGGACAACGAACCAGUUAACCGAGUCACAAAAAUGAUUGGAAUCGAGCCAGAUGAUCUCAUCGAAGCGCUGACUUCGAACUCCGUGGUAACGCGUGGUGAGACAAUAACUCGCAACAAUACAGUAGCCGAAGCUUGUGCUGCUCGCGAUGCCAUGGCCAAAUGUCUGUACGGCAGACUUUUUGACUGGAUGGUCAACCAAAUCAAUUGUUUGCUGAGUUUUAAUCGGUCGCCAAACUACGAACCCCUAUCCAUCGGAUUGCUCGACAUCUUCGGCUUCGAAAAUUUCCCGAAGAAUUCGUUCGAGCAGCUUUGCAUCAAUAUCGCCAAUGAACAGAUUCAAUACUAUUUCAAUCAACACAUUUUCACUUGGGAGCAACAAGAGUACAUGGCCGAAGGUAUUCCACUCGAUCUUGUAGAGUUUUCAGACAACAGGCCUGUAUUGGAUAUGCUUCUGAGCAAACCCAUGGGUUUGCUUGCACUGUUAGACGAAGAAAGCCGAUUUCCCAGAGCUACUGAUAAGACUUUAAUAGAAAAAUUCCAUAAUAAUAUAAAAUCGAAGUUUUAUGUACGGCCCAAGUCUGAUGCCGUGUGCUUUGCCAUCCAUCACUUUGCUGGUCGAGUCGUCUAUCAAGCCGAUGGUUUUCUUGAAAAAAAUCGGAACUUUUUGCCACCUGAGGUGAUACAGCUAGUGCGUCAAUCGCGUUUUGACAUGGUUCGAUUCCUCUUCCAAUGUCCCAUCACGAAGACGGGCAAUCUCUACUCUGCUAUUCAAGAUACAAAUUCCAGACGAUUAUCCGUCUCCAGUACGAAGGAAAGAUACUCAAGUCGAGGAUUGGCAUCGCAGUCGCGAGCUCAACAGACCGUGGCCACGUACUUCAGGUACUCUUUGAUGGAUUUACUUCAGAAAAUGGUUUCGGGUUCACCACAAUUCGUUAGAUGUAUCAAGCCGAAUGAUAACCGGAGUCCAAAGUUCUUUGACAAAGAAAAAGUAAUCAAGCAGCUAAGAUACACAGGAGUUCUUGAAACCAUAAGAAUCAGACAAAAUGGCUUCUCCCACAGAAUACCUUUCAACGAGUUCUUAAAGAGAUAUUGCUUCUUGGCCUUUGGUUGGGAUGAACGAGUCGUAGCAAAUCGUGACAACUGCCGGCUCCUUCUUGUACGCUUAAAGAUGGACGGUUGGGCUCUGGGUAGAACAAAAGUUUUCCUGAAAUACUAUCACGUCGAGUUCCUUUCGAAACAGUACGAAGAACAGUUGAAAAAAAUCGUCCAGGUUCAAGCGUGUGUUCGACGUUGGUUAGCCAAGAUCAGAUUCAAGCGGGAGAAGUGGCAACUUGCCGUUUCAGUGGUUACAUUGCAACGACAUAUACGCAGAUGGUUGGCCAGAAAACAUGCCAUCGAAGCGAUUAAACAGAGAAACUUACAAGAAGAAUCGGAAGCGCUUCCAAAUGCUGCUGAAGAAGCUGCAGAAAGAGCCAGAUGGUCGAAACAAGCUUCAGUGGAUGCAGACAGUGCUGCGGUUGUGAUCCAAAGUCAUUUCCGAGGCUAUACAAUUCGGAAGAAGUUUGGCUAUGAACUAGAGGAAAGAUAUAAGAGGAUUCUCAAUGAUUAUGACAAUAAAAAAGAGGCUCAUCAAGCAUUGUUACGUGAGGGUUUGAAAAACGAAGAUGCAGCGCUUAUUAUAAAACGAUGGUACAAGACGGAAGAACCAGUCAAGAAGAAACCACCCGCUAGAGAUCCCAUUCAUCCCAAGUUGCGACAAGCUGACUUGAUUAACUUUGCGCAGACUGUUCACAUGAAGAAUCAAGAAGUACACAAGUACUUGCGUCGUAACAAGGCUGGUAUUCGACUUUCAGACAUUGAAGACAUGCCAGCAGAUUAUGUGAGACCAAAAGGCUUUAGCAUGGUCCAAUCGAUUCUACAGUAUCGUAAUGGUAAUCAACCCGAGGCUGAGGAAACUGUCAAAUACUACCGCGAUUUGAAGGAGGAAAUGAGCAGUGGUUCAGACUUCGAAGAAGAAGAAGUUGGCUGGGACUUACCGUUGACACAGCUAGAAAAUGACCUUCACCCACAGUCGAGGAGCCGCAUGGGUCAGAUAGUGGAGAUAAAUGUGGAGAGGAGGGAGCGUCUUCAGGCUCAUGGAGACUAUACAGUUGCUCCGGAGCAGCAGCUUUCGGACAUCUGGCACAAAGCCUUGAGAAAUCCAGCCGAGACCCAAGGAGCGGACACCUCGACCCUAAAAAUCAAAGGUAUCAUGGCAAACUUUCAGUUCAAGGAUUAAUGAACUGCGCAGCAACAUGCGACCCUCGUCAAACCAACAAUCAGCCAAUAAGCAACACACCAGCAACAAUUCGAAU